AUGAACCUCUCACUCCUUGAUGAAAAUCUUCUCGGAUCUAUAUUUUCCUUUGUUCCUAUCAAUAGAUUGGCACUCCUAUCACAAUCUCGAUUAGAUUUAGUCUGCAAGAAUUUCUACCAUUUUCUCCAUUUCAAAAUUAAUUUCUGGCAAAGAAUUUAUGGAAGGGAAGUUGAUGAAACCAGUUCACAAACCAAUCAAUCGUACAAGCAUACUGUACAUUAUGUUUUGGAGGAGAAGGAAGCACAUGAUACAAAGAUUUCAGAUGAUGAGGAAGGUGAUGAGAAUUUGAUUGAUAGCAGUCAAUUUUUGUACAGACCUGAACAAUAUAGUGAGGAAGAUAAAAGACAAACUGAUGUUUUCAGGUGGAUGUUGGUUCAUUUGAUACAGUCGAAGGAUAGAUUGAGUGUGGGAGGUAAUGCUGUGAAGGAGAAUUUUCAAGUUGUCUCUUCAAUCAUGACUGAGAGUAUUCAUUCAAAUACUUGCUUUGCCAUUUGUAAUGUAUUUAAUAGACAUACAGAGUUGAUUGCUUCUGGAACUCGUGAUGGAUUGAUUCAUAUCUAUACUCGAGAUUAUGGAAAGGAAUUUUCUGAGAGAUAUAACCUUAUCAAGAAUGAUGAUGAAUACAUGCAGGAAUCUGACUCUGAUUACAAAUUCAGUCUCAGAGUUAAAAGUGCACACAAUGAUGAAAUUACAUGCAUGAAAUUCUUGAAUUCUCAAUACUUUACCAAGAGGUCAAUGCACUCUGACAAUAUCAAUUCUCUUAUCCUCCUCACUGGCUCAAAGGAUAGAACUCUCAAGAUGUGGAAAAUUACCUUCUCAGAAUUUGAAACAUUGAGCGGUAAGAGAAGUAUUUCCAUGAAAUUAGUUGCCACUUUAGAUUCCCAUCAGGAUUGGAUUCGUGACAUUACUCUCAUCAGUCAACAUCCAACUAAGAUUGUUACCACAUCAAGAGAUAAGACAAUCAAGAUUUGGGAUUUGAAUAGAUUGGAUAAAGAAAUAACUAUUGAUUUACCAAGUACCUUAGCAUGGACUGUAGCAGAUCACUUGGAUAAAGGCUAUCUCAUUGUUGGGUUGGCGAAUGGUAAUUUACAAUUCUAUGAUGUAAUGGGAGGAAAGUUAAUAUAUCAAAUGAAAGCUCACUCUGACCUCAUAUCUGACAUUCUCUAUGUUUCCAAUCAGAUUAAUCCAGAUUCUCCUAAACAAUUAAUUCCACUCAUUAUUACUAUUUCCUACGACAAGUCCAUCUCCAUAUUUAAUGCCCUUACUUUGGAGAGAGUUAUACAAGUGAGUGAAGCUCAUUCGACACCUCUGUUUUCUCUUGCAUCGAAUGGAAAGGAUUGUUUCACUACAUGCUCAGUUGACCAAUUCGCCAAGCAAUGGAAAAUAGAGAGGAAUGAUUGUAAACUAGAGCAGCUACUUAUUGGACCAGAGAAGCACAAACAGCUGGUUUCCCCAAGUCCAGUCAGCUCUAUCCUCGAAAUUAGCAGUAUGUUUAGCACGAGAGAAUGUAAAAUUGUAACAAGUGGAAGCAAAUCAUCCAAUCCAAGUGCCCAAGUGAUUCAUUGGAAUAUUUAUCAGUAUGGAUAUCAGAUCAGCAAUCUAAGGAAGAGAAGAGACACUACUGUUUCCCAAAUGUUCUCCUCACUCCAAAGAAUCAGUACUCUGUGA